GAGGGGACGUGAAUGCACCAUAUUGACAGGUCUGUCAGCGAAUCAGAGCAGGGGGCGGGCUUUAUGCUAGUAAGACGUACUUCCGGAAGUACACACGCACGUGCGCGAAAGGCUGAUGCUAUCCAGUCUACGGUGUGUUUUGAACGUCACUAGAGGCAUAAUUAAGUUGGCAUCCUUGAAGGUGUCUAAACAAGUGCUGAACAAGCUGCACGUGAAAGGAGUUUUUCAAAUACAUUUUCGUUUCUUGCAAACGUUUUUAGUUAUUCAGUCUCGCCAAAGCUUUACUCUGAUGUCUGAUUUGGAAACUCCUCCUCCUCCUGUUCAGACCGGAGAGAAGAGAGUUUGUCCAGAAGAUGAGGAACAGGACUUUCCCUUAAAGAAACCAAGAACUGAGGCUGAGCACGAUAACGGGGCUGCUCCGAGCCGAGAUGAAGAAGCGUCAGGUUUGCCUGAAGAGGAAGCUAAUGAGGGAGAGGAGGAAGAGGAUGGGGGCACCUUUGCUGACAUGAUGAAGCAUGGCCUGACUGAGACGGACGUGGGCAUCCUGAAGUUUGUCAGCGAUCACGAGGGGUUCUCGGGAAUCCUGAAGGAAAGGUACUCGGAUUUUGUUGUGCACGAAAUUAACAAACAAGGGAAAACAGUGCACUUAGAUGACAUCUCAGUACCAGCGGACACAGAGGAGGUUCAGGGGGAAGACCAUCAGCCAAAGGAGGACGACGUCCUCACAGAGGAGCAGAAGCAGCAGCUCGGUGAUCUACAGCUGUAUAAGAACAAGGAAGGAAACGUCUCCAUUCAGGUAAUGGAUGAUACAAAGGAGAAGCGGACGCUCAUCCACAAAGCCAUCAAGACUCAAUUUCCUGGUCUGGAAACGAAGACUGAGGAGAAAGAUGGCUGCAAGUUCAUAGUGGCCUAUCAUGUUGCUGGGAAGAAGGCUUUAGCAGUCAAAACAUCUGCAGCUCCAAGAAAACACUUCUGGCCUAAAAACCGUGGCAGUUACUGCCACUUCGUCCUGUACAAGGAGAACAAAGACACUAUGGAUGCAAUCAACGUGUUGUCCAAGUUUCUCAGGCUCAGACCCAACAUGUUCUCCUACAUGGGCACCAAAGACAAGAGAGCCAUCACAGUGCAGGAAAUCGCAGUGCUCAAGAUCACAGCAGAGAGAUUAGCUCACCUCAACAAGUGCCUCCUGAACCUGAAGGUUGGAAACUUCACUUACAAAAACCAUCCUCUGAAGCUGGGAGAGCUGCAGGGAAACCACUUCACCGUCAUCAUCAGGAACAUCUCAGGAAGCGAGGAGCAGGUCCAUCAGGCCAUGACGUCCCUCAAGCAGACGGGCUUCAUCAACUACUACGGCAUGCAGCGCUUCGGCACCACAGCUGUUCCAACGCAGCAUGUGGGCAGAGCCAUUCUGAGGAACAACUGGAAUGAGGUGGUGGAUCUGAUUCUGAAACCUCGUCCUGGAGCAGAGAAAGAAUAUUUGGUGCGCUGCAGAGAGGAGUGGGCAAAGACUCAGGACCCCGAGGCGGCCCUGAAAAAGCUGCCCAACAAGCGCUGUCUGGAGGGACAGCUGCUCCGAGGCCUGUCCAUGUAUGGCAAGAAAAACAUCGUCACUGCGUUUGGACUGAUUCCUCGCAACAACCGCCUGAUGUACAUCCACAGCUACCAGAGCUUUGUGUGGAACACCAUGGUGAGCCGCAGAAUCGAGGCGUUCGGCCUGAAGGCUGUAGGGGGCGAUCUGGUGCUCCGAGGAACCACCGCACACGUGCUGUCUGCUGAGGAGGCCGAGCAGCACUCCAUCCAUGACAUUGUGAUGCCGCUCCCUGGGUUUGAUGUCAUCUACCCCACCCACCACAUUGGGGAAGGUUACAGAGAGCUGCUCUCAGCAGACGGGCUGGACAUCGACAACAUGAGGCACAAAGUGAAGGACUACUCUCUGUCUGGAGCAUACAGGCGUGUCAUCAUCAGACCCACCGACGUCAGCUGGGAGGUGAUUCAUUACGAUGAUCCCAGGAUCUCUUUGGUUCAUACCGACUUUGAGAAACUGGAGAAGAAACCUGCUCCUGUUUUCAACACAGAGGGAAAGUACCGGGCUCUGAGGAUAGAGUUUUCCUUGCCUCCCUCCACCUACGCCACCAUGGCAAUCAGAGAGAUCCUGAAGCUGGACACCAGCAUCAAGAAACAAACCCAACUCAACACCUUGUGGUUCAACUAAAUUAGCCACAGCAACUAUUAUUUAUGGGUCACUCACUUUGAGUGUUUGGUGUGAAACAGAAAUAAUUUUUCUAUUUGUUCUACACAAAUGUGUCAUUUGUUAUUUUAUUUUAGCAGCAAGUUGUCUUUUUUUUAUUAUGUUUUAUUUUGAAAGGUUUCUAUACUUGAGUAACUUAUAAACUGGAAGCCUUUAACUGUGAGGACUCACAUGUUGAAAGUUUGACAUAGAUAAAACUGCUUCUUUUAGCUAAAAAAAAAAAUAAAAACAGUAAAGAUUUAACAACUAA